AUGUCUUCUGUGAAAAAGAGCCAGGAUGGUUUGGAGGAGCAGAAUGGCCCUAACUAUGGGACUGUCGAUGUCAAGUUUCGUAACCAGGAAGGAACUGACUCGAGCCAGGCCAUUGACGAAAUUGGUUGGACCCCGUAUCACCUAAAGUUAUUCUUCUUAAACGGCUUUGGUUACGCUGUUGAUUCAAUGAUCACUCUCUUCCAAUCCAUCAUUGCCACACAAGCCUUCCGUGAAUUUGGUGAAAAGGGCUACGCCAACGGCAUGACAAUUGCAGCUUAUGUCGGAAUGUUGACAGGCGCUCUUUUCUGGGGUUUUGGUGCCGACAUUAUUGGGCGAAAGUAUGCCUUCAACAUUACGCUCUUUCUCUGCUCAGUCAGCUGCAUCAUUGCUGGCGGAAUGCCCAACUGGCCAUCCCUUGGGUUUUUCGUCGCGUUGCUUAGCUUUGGUGCUGGCGGAAACCUCGUCAUGGAUACAGCUGUUUUUCUGGAGUACCUCCCGAGUAACAAACAAUGGCUUUUAACUCUCAUGGCAUGUUGGUGGGGCUUCGGCCAGGCGAUUGCUGGUUUCAUCGCUUGGGGAUUCAUGGUUCCCGAACGUUGGAACUGCGUUGAUGUUGAGACUUGUACACGAGGUAAUAACAUGGGCUGGCGAUAUGUCAUGUUCACAGGCGGCGCCCUAGUCUUCUUUCUAUCGCUUCUUCGAGUCACCGUUAUCAGGCUGCGCGAAACACCCAAGUACCUGCUGGGUGUUGGCAAAGAGGAAGAAGUGAUCGAGACAUUCCAAUACCUGGCGACCAAGUACAAUCGUACUUGCUCUCUUACCUUGCAGGAUCUUGCUGCCUGCGGAACUAUCACUUCAGCUCACAGCAAGAACCGAUUCUCGAUAAGCGAGACAAUGAUCCAUAUUCGAGGUCUCUUCAGCACCAAGAAGAUGACUAUCUCAACCGCCAGCAUCUUUCUGUCUUGGACACUGAUCGGUCUUGCCUACCCUCUUUUCUACGUCUUCCUUCCCUCGUAUCUGGCAAGCAGAGGCGCAGUCUUCAACCGCUCAAAGUUCGAAAUCUGGCGCAACUAUGCUCUGACAAACAUCAGCGGUAUCCCAGGUCCCGUCGUCGCUGGCUUCAUGUGCAACACCAAGCUCGGCCGUAAGUACACCAUGGUCAUCGGCGCUUUGAUCAGCAUGGCCUUCUUCUUCGCCUAUACUUCUGUGAAGACAUCUGUGCAGGACAUCACUUUCACUUGCCUGAUCGCCUUCUGCAUCAACAUCUACUACGGCACUCUUUAUGCCUACACUCCUGAGGUUUUGCCAAGUGCUCAUCGUGCCACUGGAAGUGCUAUUGCUGUCGCGUGCAAUCGAGUGAUGGGAAUUGUAUCAGCUGUUGUCGCGAGUGAAGCUAACACCGACACGCCUGCCCCGCUUCUGGCUUUAUGGGUGACAGUAAAUGCUUCAAGUUACUCCUUUAUAGAAGCAAAACAAUUGAAGAACCUUCUGGUCUCACAUAGUUAUCUUAUGCAUGUCAUGACACCCCAACAUCCCGUCUUAAGACUAGAUUUUCAUAAGAAAACGUUGACGCUUCCUCUGACCUUAGCGCAUUGGCAUCGCAUCCUUCUCUCCUUGACCAUUCUCUAUCCCAUCGAUCUCCCUCUUCCAACCUUUGCCACUCACUUUCAAUCCCGGUAUACGCUAACAGAACUCCAGCCCCAGAAUCGACUCACGAAGGCCAAGACUUCAACCCAAACAUCAAAGUCUACAAUUCCUAACAGAGCCAAUCCCGCCAAGAAAACCACCAUGUCUUCAGCUAUGUCGGAGAAGUCAACCUCGCGAUCGAAGCGCAACUCUCCGAAGCGAAGCCUCGCAUCUGGCUCAGUAACAAGCGACGCAAAGCGCCGCAAGAGCGAACACGUCAAGAAGUUCACCGAAAUGAAACUCGAGGACAUCGAACAGAUCUUUCAGAACUCCCGAAACGCUCUCAACAAAGCAGAGGAACUGUACCAGGACGCCGAAAAACGCGCGUACCGAGAAGCUGGAAACCUACAUGGAUGCGACAAAAGCCAUGACAGGUGCGCAUCAGACACUAAGCAGAAGAAGGAGCUCUUUGCGAAUGAAACCAAGCUCUUGAUGUGGGAUAACGUCGCCAACAUGGCGGUAGAGAAUUUGAAGGAGGAUGAUCUGGAGCACUUGUUCCAGUUUCAAGGGUAG